GAUGGUGGGAGAGAAAAAAAAAGGGAGGGGGAGUAGAAGGAGAGAGGGAGCUGUAUAGAGAGGACGGGAGGGGGGUAUACUGCUCCCAUUAGACUUCCUACAGCGCGGGCACGCUUACCCAGCUAUUUAUACAGCUGGGCACUGGCAGCAUUGAGAGGGGGCAGCAGGCUGGGCAUUGGCAGCAGGCUGGGCAUUGGCAGCAUUGAGAGGGGGCAGCAGGCUGGGCAUUGGCAGCAUUGAGAGGGGGCAGCAGGCUGGGCAUUGGGGUAUACAGAGCUAGAAUGUAAAGAUUGAAUCAGGGCUCCAUAGACACACACCCAAAUAUAUACACAAUAUUAAUAUAUAGACUGGUACAGGGCUAGGAUAAUAGGCUCCAUAGAGAUAUACACACCCAUAUAUACACUAUACUAUAUCCAUAUUAAUAUAUAGACUGAUACAGGGCAGGGCACACUCCCUGUUAAUGGGGGAUAGAGCAGAUCUCCAGGUGAUUAGAGAAAUCAGGCUAGGUGUACAAGGAGAGGCUAUUUCAUUCCAUGCAUGAUGGUCUAUUCAUUGCAAUCUGCCUGGAGAGCCAGGGCUAAUGUCACUCAGCAUUUCCUCUGAGCGAGAGGCAGAUGUGAAGAGAAGGCUCUGAUUAUACCCUGACAGCCGAGAGACCGCAGUAGACACAAAGAGACAGAUACGCUCAGAAAGGAUCCUGGGAGAGACGGCGACAGGGAGACACAAAGAAACGCUGCUACAUGAAUAGAGAGAUUGCCCGAGAGAGCCAAAGUUGCCUGUGGUGGCAGCUGAGAAGUGAGGGCAGAAAAGCUGCCACACUUGCCUAUGUCCAAAGAGACAGCCGAAGUUAGAGGGACAGGGGUACUAUCAGCCCAGAGAGCCAGCAUGGGAGGCCACGGGCAGAAAUUUCUCCUCCUCGCCCAUUGAGUGCCGCAAGACCGGCGAGGAGAGAUACCCAGCGGCACGGGGAGACAUUCAGGCUCAGUGGGUCCCCCCUCACUGAGAAGUGGUGGCGGUGUCCCACGGAGCCCUCCCUCUGGCCUUCGUCAUGCCGUCCAAUGCACGGGCUGGCAGCUUGAAGGACCCAGAGGUGGCCGAGCUCUUCUUUAAAGAUGAUCCCGAAAAGCUGUUUGCAGACCUCCGAGAGAUUGGGCAUGGAAGCUUUGGGGCAGUAUAUUUUGCCAGGGAUAUCCGGAAUAAUGAAGUUGUUGCUAUUAAGAAAAUGUCAUAUAGUGGGAAACAGUCGAACGAGAAAUGGCAGGAUAUCAUAAAAGAGGUGAAAUUUCUACAGAAACUCAGACACCCGAACACUAUAGAAUAUAAAGGAUGUUACCUGAGGGAGCACACUGCCUGGCUGGUGAUGGAGUACUGCCUGGGAUCUGCUUCCGACCUCCUGGAGGUGCACAAGAAACCCCUGCAGGAGGUGGAGAUUGCUGCUAUAACCCAUGGUGCACUGCAAGGCUUGGCCUAUCUCCAUGCACACAAUAUGAUCCACCGAGAUGUCAAGGCCGGGAAUAUCCUCCUCACGGAGCCAGGCUUGGUGAAGCUGGGAGACUUUGGCUCGGCCUCCAUUGUCGCUCCAGCAAACUCAUUCGUUGGAACUCCUUACUGGAUGGCCCCAGAGGUAAUCCUUGCCAUGGACGAAGGACAGUAUGAUGGGAAAGUGGAUGUGUGGUCUCUCGGGAUCACAAGUAUCGAGCUGGCGGAGAGGAAACCACCUCUCUUUAACAUGAAUGCAAUGAGUGCCUUAUAUCACAUUGCUCAGAAUGAGUCUCCCGUCCUGCAGUCCAAUCACUGGUCUGAAUAUUUCCGAAACUUUGUGGAUUCCUGUCUACAAAAGAUCCCCCAAGAUAGACCCAGCUCUGACAUUUUGCUGAAGCACCGAUUCCUGCAGAGGGAGCGUCCUCAAACCGUGAUAAUGGAGCUUAUCCAGCGCACAAAGGAUGCAGUGAGGGAGCUGGAUAACCUGCAAUACCGCAAGAUGAAGAAAAUCCUCUUCCAAGACACCCAGAAUGGACCCAACACGGAGACUACAGAAGAGGAGGAGGAGUCUGAGCAGUUCCUUCAUUGCACGGGCACUAUAACCAGCAUGGAGAGCAGCCAGUCCGUGCCCAGCAUGUCCAUCAGUGCCAGCAGUCAAAGCAGCUCCGUCAACAGUCUGGCGGAUGCCUCUGAUGACAGCGGAGAAAUGGCUAUGAUGCAGGAGGGGGAGCACACCGUGACCUCAAACAGCUCUGUAAUACACCGCCUGCCAGCACAUGAAAAUAUAUAUGACGAUCCUUACCAGCCAGAGAUGGAGGCCCAGCAAUCAUCCUCUGCAGCUCGUAGACGUGCUUACUGCCGCAAUCGGGACCACUUUGCCACUAUCCGUACGGCCUCACUGGUGACCCGUCAGAUUCAGGAACACGAACAGGACUCUGCUCUCCGGGAACAGAUGUCAGGAUAUAAACGCAUGCGACGGCAGCACCAGAAGCAGCUGAUGGCUCUAGAGAACAAAUUGAAAUCCGAACUUGAUGAGCACCAACAGCGUCUGGACAAAGAGCUGGAGGCCCAUAGGAGCAACUUCUCUGCUGAGACAGAUAAGCUCUCCAAGAAACACCAGGCCAUAUUUGAGAAAGAGGCUAAAGCAGCAAUGACCGAGGAGAAAAAGUUCCAGCAACAUAUUUUGGGGCAACAGAAGAAGGAGCUGACUAACCUCCUGGAAAGCCAAAAGCGUCAGUACAAGAUCCGCAAGGAGCAGCUUAAAGAGGAACUGCAGGAGAACCAGAGCACACCAAAACGUGAAAAGCAGGAGUGGCUGCUCCGCCAGAAGGAAAGCAUGCAACACUACCAGGCCGAGGAAGAGGCCAAUCUGCUCCGCCGGCAGCGCCAAUACUUCGAGCUGCAGUGUCGGCAGUACAAGAGGAAGAUGCUGCUGGCACGGCACAACCUUGACCAAGAUCUCUUGCGAGAGGAGCUGAACAAGAAACAGACACAACGUGAUUUAGAAUGUGCUAUGCUCCUGCGGCAGCAUGAAUGCACUCAAGAGUUAGAAUUCCGCCACUUGCAGCUUUUGCAGCACACACGAAGCGAGUUAAUUCGCCUCCAGCACCAGACGGAACUGGGCAACCAGUUGGAGUAUAACAAGCGUCGCGAGCAGGAGCUGCGGCAGAAGCACGCCGCAGAGGUUCGACAGCAACCUAAAAGCCUGAAAGUAAGGCCCGGGGAGGAUGAUGAGGGGGGAGAGGGAGAUCGCUUCAGCCUCUGCAGCUCUGAGGAUGAAGAGCCAGUGGAUUCGGGGAUAACCCCAGAACGCACUGAGGCUGAUGGCUGCCCAGAUUCAGAUGUGCCUUACUUUGAGUUGACUUCAGAGUGGGUAUCAGAGCCAGCUGCCCCUCCCCGUCUGCCACCAUCAGCAGUCUCCUCCUCCCUGCCUAGCCAUGCCAUUUGUGCUGUGCUCACUCUACUGGCAGCCACACGCCCUUCCUGCCCCUGGUCUUUGUUACCCCUUCUGAUGGCCCUACUCACACUUUGGAGGCCUGGGCCCCUUUUGGACUCUGCUUUAAUUGCCCUGGAGACUCUGGGGGCCAGUCUACUGUGUGGCUACAUCUUUCUGCGCUGGGUGUUGGCUCUAAGCCCCAUUUCCUUUCUGUUGGUAACGCAGAGCUCAGGCGCACUGGCUGCACUAGCUCUGAGCUACCGUCUACGGUUAUAUUAUGUGCCAGUUCUGGCUAUAGCAGUGGGGGUGUUCACCUCACCAGGAAUCUUCCUCUCCCUGUUUCUGUUGGCUGGCUCUCUGGGUAAACAGACAGGCCAAUGGUUAAAGGACUGGCCAAAGAGAGGGCGCAAACUGUGGCUCAGAGCGCUACUUCGCUUGCCUCGACCACUUUUUAGAGUCCUGCAGCGCUGUGGGGCUGCUGGCGAAGGUGGUCUGUUUUACCUUUUCCCCAAAACGUACAAGGGUGGGUACCGCAGCCGUAUCCCUGUUCUUGCAAGGAACUUUCAGACUGGCAGUGGAAAAACCUUGUGGAAUAGCCUAGUGAGGACACCCAAACUACUGACCAAAGCAUUAAAUGAUAGCCUGGCGCAGGGGGUUAGGAGACUGUGUGGCGUUCUGCCUCCUAUGGUUCUCCAGUACUUGGAGAGGUUAAAACUGUUAAGGGUGGAAAAACCAAGCCGAAUCCCGAAGCUGCAGAGUAGAGCGGAGCGUAGAAGAGAAGAAUUGAAGCGGAGGGUGCAGCAUGGCCCACUGAUAGGCAGGUCAAUGAUCAGGCAGAGCACUGUAAGGAGAUCAAACCCACAAAUCCCAUGGAGAUGAGGCACUUUUUCCAGACUUGUCCCCCUUUCUAAAACCAUAAAGUGCCUUAGAAGAUAAAUUGUCAUGUUAGAGCAGCCCUGUAGGCCAUGUCACUGGGAUGACCUAAUGUGAUGCAUUAAUUUUAAGAAAAUUUGAUGGACCAUACCGCUGGUUGAUCGAACAAGAUACAGUUGUGUUAGAGCAGUCUAAUGGACCAUACCACUGGGGUGGCCUAAUAAGUGACAGUUGCCAGGCCAAUCCAGUGGAUCAUACCACUUUACCUGGGUAGAAGCAAUCUGUGGUUUUAACCCAAUUUAUUGAACCAUUACACAGGCGUGGCCUGAAGAGAGACAAUAUGUUAGGGCAGUUCUAUGGAUCAUACCACUGAGUUGACCUUGAAGGGUUUUUGUUUUGUUUUUUCUGUUUUUCAUAUUUGGUUUGUGCUGGUCUCAAAGGCAGAGAAGCGGUUAAGGCGUCUUUCUUAUCCUAGUAGACAAACAUUUCCGAGGUCUAAAACCACGCUAAGAACAGGGCAUUACACCGCAUGCAACUUCAUAAACUGCUGCUUUUGUCUCAUGAUAUACUUUAUUGUUCUGUUAACUUGUGUGUCACUGUAAUAUAUCUGUGCUUUCUUUUGGCAGACUGUGUGAUUUCAGAUGAUCUCCGUGGCUGUAUCACUUAUAGUACAGAGCUAUUGUGACUUGGCUCUAUUUACUGUGGUGCUGCCACGUCUAACAUGGCUUUAUUUAAUAGAGUAUCAAGGGCCCAAUCUCUUUGCAAAUUCUGUUUUGAGAAUAGAACUUGUUAGAAUUCCCGUGUCUGCAGUGACACCUUGUGGUUAUUGUGAGUUUUGCAGUUCUUGUUCUCAAGCAACAGUGUAGGUGAGCGGGUGGAAGCUUGGUCUGUAAUUAAAAUCUAACAGACCUGUUUCACAGCAGUGUAUCUGUGAGAGAGACCGACCUUGCAUACACUAAAGUUUUUCAACUGAGAUACUUUAUAACUCUGUCCCUCAACUUCUAUGAUUGUGUUUUUGUUUUGGCUUUUUUUUUUUUAAGGCUGACAUGGGAGUGAUGGGAGUGGGGGUCUCAGAAAAUCACAAUGACAUAAGUCAAUCUUUUCCUCUCUUACAUUUCCUGUUACCUUAUCAAACAGACCUGACCUCCUACAGGGACUUUAAUUCUGUAUCUAGUGACACCCAGUGGCUAUUCUUUACAUUGCAGCUGUUCUGUUGCUUUACAGAUUGGAGGUAUAUUUAUAGAGAGAUAUUUUUAUUGCUAGAUGGGGGAGGCACAUUAACCUCUUCCUAUGCCGGAGACCAGCCUAUCCUAAACCUCUGCACUCAGGACAAAGACAAAAAACAAAACAAAACACCAUUUUUAUUUUUUGGUAUAUCACUUUUUUUUAUUUUUAACCAGAUUUUUGUGCAUAUUUUUAUUUAUUUUCUUCCCUUCCUGCACCUUGUUAAAACGAUUACGUAAAAGUAAUACCUGCUAACAAUUCUGUACUUUAUAUACAUAAAAUAUAUAUAUUUAAUUAACCCUUUUGCUGCUAGAGGGAGAGACACCAAAGGCAGCUAAGGUGUUAAAUCUAUUUAUUUAACAUUUCAUAAAUAUGUAUAUAUAAUUCUGUCCAUAUUUUUUGUUCGUUUUUUUUUUUCCCCUCAGUGUAAAGAUUCUUUUUUUUUUUUUUUUGUGUCCUCUUUGUGUUUUGUUUUGUUUUUUUGUUGAUUUUGUAAUAAAUGUGUUGCUGGAUUUUCAA